AUGAAUCAGAUGGAAAAUAAUAUGACACAAACAGAAAUAAAUGAUGAAUUAUUUUAUGAACAGGAUUAUAAUAAGGAUAAUAAAAAUGGUAAUGAUGACAGUCAUACAUUAGAUUAUCUAAAGGGAGGGAAUAAUAAUUAUAAUAAUAAUAAUAAUAAUAAUAAUAGUAGUAGUAAUAAUAAUGUCAAUAUUGAUAAUAUACACAGUAUAUACAAUGACUCUACAUCAAAUAACAAAAUGGAGGAUUUGAAUGAGAGAAAAGAAAAUAUGCAACCUAUCAAAAAUGUAGAUGAAAAAUGUAAUAAGAAUGAUAAUUGUGAUUAUAAUUAUAUGAAUUAUAAUCAUAAUAAAGAAUAUAAUAUACAUUCCAACAUGUCAUCUUAUAAUCAUCAAAAUAGAAGAACAAAGGAAGAAUAUAUAAAGGAUAAAAAUAUAUAUAACAAUCAUUCUGAUAAUAAAAAUAAAGAUAAUCAUUCACAAGAGUAUUCAUAUGAUGAUAAUAUAAACAAUGACAUGCAUUUAAAUGAUAAGGAUAAUUUUAUAAAUAAUAAAUCACACGAACAUAUAUAUGAACAUGUAGAAAAAAAUAUAAAGGAAAAAGAAAAUGUAAAAGAAAUUAAUGAUGAUAUUGUAAUGAACGAGGAAUUAAAUAAAAAAAAUUCUGAAAAGAACAAUAUGGAAAAUGACAUCAAUGAUAAUAAUAAAAUAAAUCAAGAUGAUAAAAAUAGAUGUAGUGAUAAAAUAAAUCAAGAUGAUAAGAAUAGAUGUAGUGAUAAAAAUUCAUCCUCUGAAUGGAUAGAAAAUGAAGAAGAUAUUCCUAACGUUUUUGAAGUAGAUGAAAAUUUAACAGAAGAAGAAAAACAAGAGAAAUUAAAACUUAUCAAAUUAAUAACUGAAAAAUUAGCUAGUCCAUUAAAAACAGCUAGCGAUAAUAAAAAUCAAAACGAAAGAACAGAAAAUGAACACGAAAAUAAAAAUGAGGAAAAUUCACUUUUUGCAGAUGAUAGACCUAUAGCUAUAGAAGUUGAUGGCCCUUCUCAUUUUUAUGCAAACAGUAAUCGAUACACCACAUACACAAAAUUAAAGCACAGGAUAUUAACGAAGCUAGGCUAUAAUGUUAUCCAUAUAAGCUAUAUCGACUGGAGAAAGCUAAGGAACAAAAGUGAAAGGGAAGAAUUUAUUUUAAAAAAACUAAAAGAAAAAAAUGACGAGUUUUUAGAUGAUGAAGAUAGAACAUACUACAAUGAAAGAAUAAACAUGAUUAAGGAUGAUUAUGUUAAAUAUAUGAAUGAUAAAAAAGCAAACACUAAUUAA